AGAAGAAAGCCGGGACGUGACGGAGCCGGGGGGGUUUUGCUUGCUGGAGGCCCGUUAAACCACCGAUAAAUACAGCUUCCUCGCUGUUUCUUCGUCGCUCAAGAGACGCCUGUGAUCUAACUUUGACCCAACGUACUUUUUUUCAUCUUAGAACUAAUUUCACAAACAUGUCCUGGCAAAGCUACGUGGACAACCUGAUGGCUGACGGCAGCUGCCAGGACGCGGCCAUUGUUGGGUACACGGACGCCAAAUACGUCUGGGCAUCACACGCCGGCGGUACCUUUAACAACAUUACGCCUGAAGAAAUCGACGUGUUAAUAGGAAAGGACCGCGAGGCAUUCUUCACCAACGGGCUGACCUUGGGCAAUAAAAAGUGCUCCGUAAUCAGAGACAGCCUCCAAAUUGACGGCGACUGGACAAUGGACAUCCGGACGAAGAGUCAAGGAGGAGAGCCAACAUACAACGUUUCUGUAGGCAGAGCCGGCAAAGCAUUGGUUUUUGUCAUGGGGAAGGAAGGUGUCCAUGGAGGGCAGCUCAACAAGAAAGCAUUUAUGAUGGCUGAGUACCUGAGGAAGUCCGGAUACUAAAGCAGCCUGUUCCCAGCCACCUAGCAGCUCACCCUACCACCCUGUUGCAUUUCAUCACUACUUCCAGUCCUAGUUGGUAGUUUUUCUUUUUCUGCCUUCUCUUUUCCUCAAUUUUUUUCUUUUUUUUUAUCCCCCUUUUUAUUUUUGUCAUCUUCCCCUAACCCACCCCCCCCUCUCAACACACUACUUGCGCUGUGUAUUUUUCUUCUUCUCCUUAUCCCCCUCCCCUCACCUUUUUUUUAAGCACUAUAUAAGUUGAUCCAUAGCAAAGAUGAGCAUGUUGCUAACAGGAUGUCAUGACAAAUCUGUACUUUAACCGAGACCAGCAAUAAAAAAUAAAAAAAAGUUAAAAAAAAUAAAAAAAAUCUGGCCAAAAACUCGGACAAUGAAAGCUAUAGCGUCAAUUUGAAGAAGUAGGUAUGUCUUUCUUUUCUUUCUGUCAUGGUGCCCGAACUCAAUCUCAUACACUCCCUCCCCCUCCCUCCACCCGAGCAGCUGAUGCCUUUGGAGCACUUGAGUGGUAACCAAGCUCAUCAUGUCUUCCUCUUUCUUUUUAGUUUAGUUUUUUUUUUCUUUUCCCUCCCAUCAUGUCUGGGAGAGGAGACUGCAUGCAUACAUCAGUCCACUUUAGUCCCCCCCCUCCCCCCCACAUCCCUCCCUUACCCUCCAGUACUCCACCCAGCCAGCACUACCACACAUCCUCCUGCCAAAAAAAUUUCAGGCCCCCCUCCCUCCUUCCCCCUGGUUUCCUCAUCCUGUUUGCUCAAAAACAGGCAACACUACAAACUUCAUGAAGCACUCAUCUUCAAACACUUCACCUCCACUCUCUUCUUUUAACCCCCCCACCCCCUCCUCUCUUACUGCUCUGUCCUCAACACCCUUUUGUUUUUUUUUUAAAAGGGGGGGGAUAGCAUGUGCAGGAUGGGGUGGGAGGGAGGGGGUAAUACUUGGAUCGGCUGAGUUAACGAUUGCGAGCGUUGGCGUCCAGAUGCUGGUAGCCUGUCCUCCUCCCCACCGCCAUGACGUCAUCACGACCUGCCCCAGCAACACGAGAAACACCAUGGACAUUCCACAGUAACAACGGCUCAGGCACUUAAUACUGUUUUUGUUUGCCAGCUCCUGUAAUAUAUUUUCUUUUUAAUUUAGUUUUUUUUUUUCUUUUUGAAAAGGCUGCCAUUUUUGGACAGUAGAUAUCCCAGCAUAUAACCAUCUGAAGUGUGUCCAGUUUGAAUAAUUUUUUUUCUUUUUAUAGGACCAAGUGUAGUCAAAGCUCGGGUGUUUAUACAGUUGCUCUAAAUCAUGUGAAGGAUGAAUGCUAACUAAUUUUUUUUUUUUUUUUUUUUUUUUUUUCUGAUGAAGGAAACACUAACCUGGCAGUUACGCUUACUAUGGUUUAAAAAAAAGAAAUUAAACUACAGGGGAGGUAUGGGGGGGGAGUAUUUGAUGAAAAAUUAAAAUCUCAUUUCAUUGUUUUUUUUUCUUAUGUUUAGAAAACAAACCUGCAUUUGUACAAACCCAUGCUGUGUUGACAACUACAAAAACUGUGGAAUAAAUUGCCUUUUACUCUAUUAUAGUCAACUGAGCUCUGGGGUAUCACAUGGUCUGUCCACGCUCAGUACUGCUAAUGUAACGUCCAACUGACAAAAGAAAAACUUUCAAAA